AUGCCCGAAGAAGAAGCCUUCGCAGUAUUCGUGCGUUUGAUGGAAACUUAUCAUUUAAGAGAACUUUUUAAGCCAACAAUGACUGAAUUGGGCCUUUGUAUGUUUCAACUUGAGUGCCUUGUACAAGAACAAAUGCCAGAUUUGUAUGCACAUUUCAAUAAUAUGGGUUUCGAUACGAGUAUGUACGCAAGUAGUUGGUUUUUAGCUCUGUUUACUACUACUUUACCUUUGGAAUUGGCUAAUCGAAUUAUGGAUAUAUUUUUAGUUGAGGUAAUUUUUUUGUAUUUAAGUUAUUUUAAUUUCAGUUCUAAUGAAUUCAUUUUUUCAAUCGGUUCAUAUUUUGAAAAUAAAUAUAAAAAUUUGGAAAAAUAA